CAACAGCUACACAGCAGCAGGAAGAGAGCUGAGGAGAGAACCGAUCAGAACAACGAAACUUCACAAAGACCAGUCAGACUUUAGAGUAAAUACACUGAGGACCAGUUAGCUGUUAGCCAGAAGCUACUGCUAACACUGACACUAUGUUUAGCAGCUUUGGUGAUAACACAGCAGCUUUAUCUGCUUCUGCCAUGAACCCUGACAGCAUGCCUGGUCCAGAACAAAAGGAUGGGGAAAAAGAGGUAAAGCCCCGGAGGAUCAUGCUUCUUGGGAAGAGUGGAGCAGGCAAGAGCUCGAGCGGGAACACAAUCCUCGGUAAAAAGGCAUUUAAAUCCGACAUGAAGCUGACGAGAAUCACUCUACAUUGUGAAAAGGAUGAUGCUGAAGUUGAAGAAGUGCCUGUUACUGUGAUCGACACACCAGGGCUUUUUGAGAAGGACAACGACCAGAAAGAAAUAAUUCGAAAGAUUCUGCAGUCUGUCAGAUUCCUUGAACCAGGACCUCACGCCUUCGUAUAUGUAGUCCCUUUAGGAAGGCUGACUCAGGAAGAUCAAAAUACCAUCUCUCUGAUCCAAACAAUGUUUGGCCCGAGAGUGUGGGACUACACCAUCGUGCUGUUCACCCACGGGGAUCGUCUGCAAGGAAAAACAAUAAAUGACAUCAUCACUGAGAGCGAUGACAACCUCCGCAACUUCAUACGCAAGUGUAGUGGCGGCUUCCAUGUCUUCAACAACAAAAACCCAGAGGACCUGGACCAGGUGACCGGCUUCAUGGCAAAGAUCCAGACCCUGGUUGCCCUGAAUGGAGGGAAACAUUACCACAAAGAGCUGUAUCCCACAAAAGAGAGGAACAUCAGGGAAAAACAGGAGAGCAUCCUGAAGGAGAAAGAAAAGGAAAUCGCCAACAAGGAGAAGCAGCUGGAGCAGCGUUAUAAGGGGGAGGAGCUGGAGGAAAUGAGGAAGGCUCUGUGGAGAAAAGAGGAGGCAGCAGCAAGACUGGCUGCAGAGAAUCAGGGCAUAUACCUGCUCCUGUCACUGUUAGCAGUGGUUGUACUGAUUACUGGUUUAGCUGUUCGUCCGACAGAAACUGUGGGGCUGAUUGUGGUAAUAAUCACUUGGAUUUUCUUUAAGGGGCCAGAAGCUACUGCUAACACUGACACUAUGUUUAGCAGCUUUGGUGAUAACACAGCAGCUUUAUCUGCUUCUGCCAUGAACCCUGACAGCAUGCCUGGUCCAGAACAAAAGGAUGGGGAAAAAGAGGUAAAGCCCCGGAGGAUCAUGCUUCUUGGGAAGAGUGGAGCAGGCAAGAGCUCGAGCGGGAACACAAUCCUCGGUAAACAGGUGUUUAAAUCCGACAUGAAGCUGACGAGAGUCACUCGACAUUGUGAAAAGGAUGAUGCUGAAGUUGAAGAAGUGCCUGUUACUGUGAUCGACACACCAGGGCUUUUUGAGAAGGACAACGACCAGAAAGAAAUAAUUCGAAAGAUUCUGCAGUCUGUCAGAUUCCUUGAACCAGGACCUCACGCCUUCGUAUAUGUAGUCCCUUUAGGAAGGCUGACUCAGGAAGAUCAAAAUACCAUCUCUCUGAUCCAAACAAUGUUUGGCCCGAGAGUGUGGGACUACACCAUCGUGCUGUUCACCCACGGGGAUCGUCUGCAAGGAAAAACAAUAAAUGACAUCAUCACUGAGAGCGAUGACAACCUCCGCAACUUCAUACGCAAGUGUAGUGGCGGCUUCCAUGUCUUCAACAACAAAAACCCAGAGGACCUGGACCAGGUGACCGGCUUCAUGGCAAAGAUCCAGACCCUGGUUGCCCUGAAUGGAGGGAAACAUUACCACAAAGAGCUGUAUCCCACAAAAGAGAGGAACAUCAGGAAAAGACAGGAGAGAAUCCUGAAGGAGAAAGAAAAGGAAAUCGCCAACAAGGAGAAGCAGCUGGAGCAGCGUUAUAAGGGGGAGGAGCUGGAGGAAAUGAGGAAGGCUCUGUGGAGAAAAGAGGAGGCAGCAGCAAGACUGGCUGCAGAGAAUCAGGGCAUAUACCUGCUCCUGUCACUGUUAGUGUUAGCAGUGGUUGUACUGAUUACUGGUUUUGCUGUUCAUCCGGCAGCAGCUGUGGGGCUGAUUGUGGUAAUAAUCACUUGGAUUUUCUUUAAGGGUUUUCCAACAUUAUUCAGAACAAUACCUGAAUACUGAAUAAGUUCUUUUAGCUUUCUUGUUCCUCUGUGAAUAAGACUUAAUAAAAUAUCCUUUCUGAAUGUAUUGAUGAUAAAACAUUAUUAUUGUUUAUAAAACAUUAUAUUCCAAUGUAUUAGCAUUUUUUAUUGGUUAUAGAUUAUUUGUCAUAAUCUUGUAGUAAUAUCCAAAAAUGUGGCCGACUGUUAAUGUGAGAAAGAAAGCCUUGACCUUCAGACUCCACCUCUGCAAAACUACAGUCAUCCUCAUUUUAGGAGGGGGUUGGGUGAACAAAUGAGGAGGGGGGUGAGGUGGAGGGUUCAGGGUCACGUACUGUGUACAGGUCUGAACCAAUGGUAGAUGAUAGUUUGACAGUUAUCAGGGGAAACUAUCUGUCUGAGAACGGUUCUAGACCUCAUUUGACUUUUCUCUGACCUGACGUAUAAUCUGAAAUCGAUGUUUUCCUGUUUGACUUGUUAUAAAUGAUUGAUCAAUGCUUUUAAUCUGCUGAACGCUUUUAUUCUGUUUCCUCAUGCUCCAUUACAGCUGUUCAUUUGGCACAACAUAAUACGAGACAUCUAAUGUGAUAUUUCAUCUUUUCCUCUCAUUCUAUUCUAAUAGAUUAGAGAUUGAACCAUGUGAUGCUUUACUCUUUCUUUUAUUACAGUUUAAAUUGGUUUGAAGACACAGUUCAUUCUGGCCUCUAACUAAUUUAAUCUCCUUAUAAUUGAUUGCUCAUUUAUUAAUGGUUGACGACUGAUUACUCUUGACAAUAACUGAUCAACUGAUUGUUCAUUAGUCAGUAUUUUGACUUUCUCUCACAUUUUGAAAAAUGUUUUGGCAUUUGUUCCACACAUAUAUUCAUGUUUCUGA